CAUUGUACAAGUAGAUGGUACAUGGCUUUACGGAAAGUAUACUGGCACACUGUUGAUAGCUACCGCACAAGAUGGAGCUAACCAUAUCUUCCCGAUUGCCUAUGCCAUUGUAGAAGGGGAGACAACUUCAGCUUGGGGUUUUUUCUAAAGAAUUUGAGAAGACAUGUUACUCCGCAAAUUAACAUUUCUCUUAUUUCAGACCGACACCCCUCAAUUAUAAGUGCCUACAACAACCCAAGUAACUUAUGGGUCCAGGACACAUCCCAUUUCUUUUGCCUGCGCCACAUUGCACAAAACUUUCUUCGUGGUAACUCAAACUGCAAACAUUUAAAGAAACCACUUAUGUUGGCUGGGUACGCAUACACGGAGAAGAUGCACUGGCGACAUCUUGGGGAUAUUCGUGCGAAUAAGCCAAGUGCAGCUGAAUGGCUUGAUCAAUUACCCAAACAAAAAUGGGUACAAUGCUUUGAUGAGGGGAAACGUUGGGGACAUAUGACUACCAAUUUGUCAGAGUCUGUUAAUUCCAUGUUAAAAAACACAAGACAUUUACCGGUGUCAUCAUUGGUUGAGGAGACCUAUUUCAAGACCGCACAACUCUUUGCUAAUAGAGGUCGACAAACUCAGGCAAUGAUCAACUCCGGCUCACAGUAUUCUGAAGUCGUCUUCGAUGCAAUCAAUAGUGGUCAACAAGAAUCUAAUACACACAUUGUAAAUGAAUUCGACAGACACAAUCACACUUUUAUUAUAACCGAGACUCAAUCCCCACUUGAAACACCCAGACCACCUGGAAGGUUUAGAGUAAUGUUACAAUCCCAAAAGUGUGAUUGUGGUGAAUUUCAGGCUAAACAUUUACCGUGUUCUCACAUCAUGGCUGCCUGUAAAUCUGUCAAUGUUGAUCCCAUGACCUAUGUGCCGAUGAUAUUCACUUUACAACACAUUUUGCACAUCUACGACAACUCCUUUGGUUUAUCGCCACACGAAUCAAUGUGGCAAAAAUAUGAAGGAGAUCAGUGGAGUCCUGAUCCAAGGAGAAAGAGGACUGCAAAGGGUCGUCCAGUUUCAACUCGCAUUCCUACUGAGAUGGACGAAGACGAAAAUGAACGAGCAAGUAGAAAAAAAUGUGGACUUUGCCGGCAACAUGGUCAUAGCAUAAAUAAUUGUCCUAAUGUAUCCUCAUCUUAGUUUUUCCAUAGACAAAUGUCAUUGUUUAAAUAUUUUAUU